UUUUCCUCACCAUGGAAGAGGCCAUCGUUAUCUGCUCUCCAUGGCCGUUCAUCUCCUCCUCACUUCCCCUCCAAAACCACCUCCUCAAAACCCUAACUCUAACCCUAACCCUAAAUUUGGCCCUAAAUCUUUUCCAAGGUCAAUAUCUAGGAGGGAAGUCAGCAUUCAAGCCUUAACCAUGUCUAUCGUAUCUUUAACUUCAUGGGUUUCUGUUCCAAUUGCGCUAUCGGCCUCUCUGGAGACCGCCACUCCUCCUCGAAAGCCAUCACUAUCUGGGAUUUCAAACACCAAGUCUUGGAAUCAGUUCUUCGGGGAUGGCUUUUCCAUUCGUGUUCCACCUCUUUUCGACGAUAUUAUGGAGCCGGAGGUAUAAACAUAAAGAAAUUAAAAGCUCUUGUAACCAUGACUACAAAGCUGGAUUGUCAUAUUAUGGUGAUAAAGCAAAACCGAAGGCAUUUGCGGCUCGUUUUGCAUCUCCAGACAGAUCAGAAGUUCUAAGUGUGGUGAUCCGGCCAUCCAAUCAGCUAAAGAUCAAUUUCUUAGAGGCCAAAGAUAUUACAGAUUUAGGCACUCUCAAGGAGGCAGCAAAGAUAUUUGUUCCUGGUGGUGCAAAUUUGUACACUGCCCGCACGAUAAAAGUCAAGGAAGAUGAAAGUCUAAGGACUUACUACUUCUAUGAGUUUGGUGUUGAUGCACAGCAUGUUGCUUUAGUGGCUGCUGUUAACAGUGGCAAGGCAUACAUAGCUGGUGCUGCUGCUCCACAGACAAAAUGGGAAGAUGAUGGCAUCAAGCUAAGAUCUGCUGCUAUAUCUUUAUCGAUUAUAUAGACCUACGAAUACAGAAGUUACAAGGAUUUGGAUAAAGAUGGUGGAAGAAAAAGAAAAACAAAAGAAGUGAGCAAUACAUUCCUUUAAGAGAAUUGCUUGAAUGAUUCAUUUAUGAUAUCUUGAAUUCGACAUGAUAACGUCCCAAAGCAUAAAGCAGCAAACUGGAAAGAUUAUGAACCACCGUAUGGCUCUUCAAGAUGGGGUGCACCGGAGUUCUAUGUCCAAAUUAUUUUUACAUAUAGGAAUUUUGAAAUGGAACCUAUCGUUGUUUGUUUCUUUCUUCUUUUCUUUGAGAAAUGAAUCUGUCUUUAAUUUUAACUCAGUUUUUCAAUAUAUUAGCAUUAUAGGACUUUGAGGCUUCAUUUGAGCUACUCCCACUUCUUAAUAUUAUGUAGACUUUGAAGAAGAGGAAUUCUGAAUUGUUUUCUAAUGCUUUCAUUUGUAAUCCACGUAUUGCUUGAGCCGCAUGUAAA